AUCUAUACUGUUACGUCCAAAUUAUUGUUCUUGUAUAUAUUGAACACUCUGCCUAAGCCAUUCUCCUCACAAACCAUUGCUCUCAUCUGACCUACCUUUAACUAUUUCAAGGAUUCAUUUCAUUCACUUUCAUUGAGAAAUGGCUGAAGGAGCUCUCUUCAACGUAGCUGAAGGAAUCAUUGGCCAACUGGGCAACCUAGUUCUCAAAGAGCUUGGACUGCUCUGGGGUGUCAAAGAGGAGCUUCAAAAGCUCGAGGACACUGUUUCAACCAUCAAAGCUGUCAUUCUGGAUGCAGAGGAGAAACAGGCGCAGAAUCAUACCAUCAAGAAUUGGCUGGGAAGGCUGAAAGAUGCACUUUUUGAAGCGGACGACUUGCUGGAUGACUUUUCCACUGAAGUUUUACGACGGGAAGUGAUGACUAGGAAUAAGAAGGCGAAAGAGGUACGCAUCUUCUUUUCCAAAUCGAACCAACUUGCAUAUGGUCUUAAAAUGGGUCAUAAGAUUCAGGCCCUUAGGGAGAGACUAGAUGCUAUUGCAGAGGAUAGGAAGAAGUUCCACUUAGAUGAACGUCCUAGGGAGACACAAGUCACAAAUCCGAUUAGGGAGACUGAUUAUUUUGUACGUGCUGAAACUGUUAUUGGAAGGGAGUUUGAUAAGAAAGUGAUCUUAGAGCGUUUAUUGGAUUCCAAUAUUGAAGAAAAUGUUUCAGUUUAUUCAAUAGUUGGAAUCGGAGGGCUAGGCAAAACCACAUUAGCUCAAUUAGUAUUCAAUGAUGAAGAAAUCGAAAAAGAAUUUGAGAGAAAAUUUUGGGUGUGUGUCUCUGAUGAUUUUGAUGUAAAUAUAAUUGUUAAGAAAAUCCUAGAAUAUGCAAAACGUAAGAAACUAGAAAACCUUGAAAGGAACGCAUCAAUAACUGAUCUUCAAAAAGAGAUUGAUGGAAAGAGAUUCUUACUUGUAUUAGACGAUGUGUGGAAUGAUGAUUCAGAAAAAUGGGAUAAGUUAAAAGAAAUUUUACUGGCUGGUGCAAGAGGCAGUAGAAUAUUGGUGACUACACGUGAGGAAAAGGUUGCAGAGAGUUCAAAAACUAUUGAAACACACCGUUUAACAGGUUUAAAUGAUGAGGACUCUUGGUCUUUAUUUAAGCAAAAGGCAUUUAAAAAAGGACAAGAACCAAAAAAUUCAAAAUAUAAGGAAAUUGGAAUGGAAAUCGUUAGUAAGUGCAAAGGAGUUCCACUUGCCAUAAAGACUAUUGGAAGCCUAUUGUACUCUAAAAAAUCUGAAGAGGAAUGGUUGUCCUUCAAAAAUAAUGAGUUUUCAAAGGUAAAUGAAACUAAUAUCCAACCAAUACUUAGGUUGAGUUAUGAUCAUCUCCCACCACGUUUGAAACAAUGUUUUGCUUAUUGUAGUUUAUUUCCAAAGGAUUAUGAGAUUGAAGAAGAGAGAUUGGUUAAGCUAUGGAUGGCACAAGGUUUCAUUAAGCCAUUAGGUCAAAACCAAUGCUUAGAAGAUGUUGGUCAUGAGUAUUUUAUGGAAUUACUUUGGAGAUCAUUCUUUCAGAAAGAUAAAGAAAAUUUUUGGGAUGAAGGACCUGUUUUCAAAAUACAUGACCUCAUGCAUGAUCUAGCAAUAUUAGUAGCGGGACUAGAGAGCACAACUUUUGAAAUAAAUGGGAAAAAUAUUGAUGAAAAAACUCAUCACAUGUCAUUUGGUUUUAAUUUAGGCUCAUCAACACAAAUUUCAACUUUGUUGUUUAAAGCAAAUAGGAUGAGAACAUUUCUUUUGCCAUGUCAAAUUCAGUAUUCAAAUCAAAUGGUAUGGAACCAGUUAACUUGUGAUGCAUUUGUUUCAAGUUUCAAGUUCUUGCGCUUGUUAGAUUUGCAUGAAACUGGCAUUAGGAAUGUGCCACAUUCUAUCGGAAAGUUGAAGCAUUUAAGGUAUCUUGAUCUCUCAUACAACGAACGCAUUAAGAUACUUCCUAAUUCUAUUACAAGGUUGCAAAAUUUGGAGACACUGGAUCUUUCUUAUUGUAAAGAACUUAUAGAAUUGCCAAAAAAUAUUAGUAAAUUAGUCAAUCUUAGGCAUCUUAACAUUGAUGAGUGCGAUAGUUUGACUCAUAUGCCUCGUGGAUUUGGGCAAUUGACUAAUCUCCACUCACUAGCUCAGUAUGUGUUGAGUACGGACUCUAGGUGUGGUGGUGAGUUGAAGGAACUUCACGGAUUAAACCAGCUAAGAGAAAAUCUAACGAUUAAAAAUCUGAGACACAAGAAAGAUGCUGAAUUAGAAUACAAGGCUGUAAAUUUGAAAGAGAAACAACACCUUAAAGGCUUGACGUUAGAGUGGAUAGAAAGAGAAGUGGAUGCUGAGUACGAUGAGAUGUCAGUCGAAGCUUUGGAACCAAACCAAAAUCUUAAAAGUUUGAGAUUAAGAGGCUACGGGGGAGUGAAAUAUCCUAGCUGGCUUUCUUUACUCAAAAAUCUUGUAAGACUUGUGUUAGUUUCAAUGAAGAAUUGCCAAGAUGUACUACCAUUGCAUCAAUUUCCUUCUCUCAAAAAUCUCUGGUUGUUCUCUGUUCCUUCUCUUAAGUACGUAUCCCUGGUAUCAGAGAGUUUUAAACUUCCACCCCUACAAUACCUCUAUAUUGAGGAUUGCCCUAAUCUAAAGGGAUGGUGGAAGAGGAGGAGCGACUCCAGCGAGGAGGACGAAGAUGCCGCCGAUCAUUACGGUGAAAUAUCGACGAUAACAACAAAGAAUCAUUCAUUUUCUCUUCUUUCCGAUCUAGACAUUUCUGGUUGCCCUAAACUAUCUUCCAUGCCUUUAUUUCCUUAUCUUGAAAGACUAUCUCUGGAUAACUCUAAUUUGAGGCUAUUGGAGCGAACAAUAUCGAUGGGAAUGAUAAGUACGGUAUCUCAGGAAAACCCAACAGCAGCAGCAGUAGCAGAGUCAACCUCUUCUGCUCCUUCAUCUUCUUCAACACUUGCCGCCUCAUUCACCCCUCUCUCCAAAUUAAAAUAUUUGGGUAUUGGUAUGAUAGAAGGCAGUAAUGAUCAUUUCCUUCAACAUUUCACUGCACUUGAGGAUCUUAGUUUAUAUAAUUAUAAUGGGGUUGAGAUGGAAUUGGAAUGGCAAGGGCUGAGGAAGCUUCAGGAUCUAACAUUAUAUAAUCAUCCAAAAUUGGCAUCUCUUCCUGUGGGGCUUCAACAGGCCACCUCUCUGCGAUAUCUCGAGAUUCGGAAUUGUCUGAGUUUGACGACAUUGCCGGAGUGGAUCUGCGAAAUCAUAUCUCUGCAAUCACUCAAUAUUGCUCAUUGCCCCAAUUUCACUUCAUUGCCUGUCCUAACGUCUUUGAAGACACUGAAUAUUUGGAAUUGCCCCAAUUUGACAUCAUUGCCUGCCCUAACGUCUUUGAAGACACUGGAUAUUUGGAGAUGUCCCAUCUUAGUAGAAAGUUGCAAGAUCCAGGAUUGGCUUGCUCGCAUCGAAAACUUGGAAGGAGAUCUAGCUACAGCAAAAGAAGAAGAUCCAGAACAAACUGAAAUGAAUGAGGAAUAUGAACUUAAAACUCAGGGCUUUACCAAAAUUUUUGGGCGUUGCAGUGGUUCAACAAGUCAAUAGCUCGGUGGUGAAUAAUUAUAAUUACCUAGAGGUAUAUUUGUGGGGAGAAGUAUAUCUGGCAGAAGAAUUAGCUUAUGCAGAUCAUAAGUUGAUAUUCAUGGUAGCAACACUUGCAUAAAGGAAAAGUGGUUGCUUAUUGGCUUUCUCCUUGAAUUCAAAUAUUACAAAGUGGGAAAUGUAGAGACAAACAGCAAUUCAGGAGGUGGAUGGGGAAAUCAGUGGGGAUUCUGCAAUAUGCUUGAACUAGAUUCAGAAUUUUCUGCCACUUUGACUUCUUUAGGUCUCUAGCCUGGCGGCUUCCUACACAAGUGCAUUUUCUUCGAGAUGAAACUACAAACUUUAAGAUGUAUGAAAGCAUUAAAGAGGAGGUCAGACAUUGAUGCUUAUGACGCAAUAGGAAAGAUAUUAGAUGACAUAAAUCUGGCAAAAAUUGAGCUUUGGCUGGACAAAUCAAAGGUGGGAAGCCAACAGUUACCAGUUCUCCAAAUUGAUACAAUGAUCUUCAGGUUAAAUUGAAGUGGAUGAGCUGGUAGAUUGGUCUUGUUAGUCAAAAAUCAUUUUUGUUCAAUGAUGCAUCCAUGCCAACACUGCAUAUGAGAGAAGGAAAUGCAAAUGAGGUGGAAAGCAAAGCUGCAUCAAAGUUACAAGCACGCAAAGGUUUGUUAGUAGCUUCCGACAGGUUAGUACAGUAAAAUAUUUUGCUAAACUCAUCAUUUGAUAGUUCUUAAUGAUCCAAGUUAUUAAGUCAAUUGAGCUACUUUAGAGUAAAAUAACAUUAAAUAGCUUUCAAUGGAUAAAGCAAAAGUAGAAGUAUUAUUACUUCAAUCUUUUUCCUCUUUACAAUUGAUAAAUGUAGGAUUAUAAUUUUUUUUUUCUUUUUUUGGAGUUUAGCAUUUGCUUGUGACUCUUACAGAUUCAUUGGACCAUACUGCUUCAUUUAGUUUCUGUCAAAUAAAAUGCAAGACUAUCAUAUCAUGGUAAUACUAUGACAAUUCCAAUUAUCCACCAGGUAGACGAAACGGGUAGCCACCAGUUGUCAAAGAUACUGCUUUAAAUAAGGCUACAAAUACACUCAAAGCUGAACCUAAACGAAUAAUUCAAGAUGCACUAAACCAAGUGAUGGUGAAACAGGCUACUACUGUCAUGGCCUGUCCAUUAUCUGAAGGUGAUCAAAAUUAAAUUAUCAGAGAGAAAGGAGAGCUGGAGAUUUUGAUUGUGAAUUUGCCACCUUGACAAACUGAGAAGGGCCAGCAUUUUCUGCUGCAGAGUUGCAAAUAAUAAUAAGGUCCAGGCAUUUCACAAACAUUGAGGUCACAUGUCAAGCGGAUACGAAGUUAAUUGCUAUCACCCAGUGGUGCAAUUGGAUGCAGACAAAUCUGUUACUAGCUUAAUGGAAAUUCAUCGACUAUCAAUGUUCUUGCACUUCAAUUCUAUAAGAGAGGGAAACUAUAUACCUAGUUAUUAAUCUAAAAGCUAAUGAGGAACAACUUGAGAUUAGAUCUCAGAGUCUUGCAUGUGUUCAACAAAAGAAAUAAUCCUAGUACACUCUGCAGAGGCACCCUCCCACAACCAAGUGCAAAGCUAAACCUGAAACAAUGUCUCAGCCUUUCAGGGGUAACUGUAGGUGUGCCUCGUCUACAUAGCAUUGUAGUACCAUGCUGGCAGAGGAGAGAGGACAUUGAAGGAGCAAAAUGUUUCGUUCGCAUGUAACAAUGGCCUUGGCCAAUAGAAUUUUACCUGAUGUGGUAUACACUCUUCGCCUUUUCUUUAUAUAAGAGGAAGGAAAACUUGUAUUAAGACA